AUGUUAUCAUUAAAAUGGUCUAUUAUUUAUCUUAUAAAUUAUUAUCUAAUAAUGAAUUUCAUUAUAUGUCAAUUUCAAUUAAAAGAUAAAAUAUAUUAUAAAAUAGAUAAUUGUGAACAAACAAUAGAAUUAGGUAAUUGGUGUGAAUGGUCAGAAUGGAAUAAAUGUGAAUUAAUUACAUGUACAAGACAACGUGUCCGUGAAUGUAAUUGUCCUAAACCAUUAAAAUGGACAAAAUUAACAGAAUGUAAAACAUAUAAACCACAAAAUGAUUAUCGAAUAAAUAAUACAAUAGUCAAACACACUCGACAUAUUCGACUAACAAGAAAUACAGAAAUGGAAUGUCAAAUACCCACAAUAUUUGAAGGUAUUUACUACCCUGAUUGUUUCAAACUUCAACAAAAACCAAAAAACAUGAAAUAUUCAUCUAAUAGAUUUAAAUCAGAUUACUUUUGUACAAUCAAUAAUACUAUGGAAAUUGAUUUAUGUGCAAAAGAUUUAACUAAUUCACAAAUUUUAACUAAAGGUAUGAGAGAAUAUGAUAUUGGUGCUUGUGAUAAUUGGUAUGUAUUACAUCAUUGGAAUAUGGAGAAUUUAUCAAUACGAUUAAAACAUAUUUAUGAUUCAUAUAGUGAACUAGGACGUAAAUGUUCAUUUGAAACAGAUGAUUAUUAUCCCUUGUGUACUUAUCAUACAUUUUAUUCAGAGCAUACAAGAAGUGAUUAUGGACGACUCAAUAAUCUUGCAUAUGAUAUAGAAAAUUGCCGUUUCGCUUGUGCUAUUCAUCUACAAUGUAAAGCUAUUGAAUUUUUAUAUGGAGUACAUUGUAUACUUGCAUUUGAUUUUGAUAAAUCAAUACUUUCACAAUCAAUUGGAACAAUCAUUGAAUUGAAACCAAGUGAAUGUAACUCUAAAAUUAAGGAUGAUCAUUAUAUAUAUCCAUAUAGUAAUGCUGUAUCUGUUCUUAAUGUUUAA